AUGGACCAACAGACACCCAUAACAAAGUCUCUGCAUAGACUUUGCGUCGAGAACCCGCGCUUCCUUGUUCACCCUCUUUGCUGGACCUCAGAGCACCUUCGAGUCCUGCACUGCCAUUUCAAGCACCUCGACUCCUCUAGUGCACCUCCGCCAUUCCCACUACCGCCAGCACCUCCGCCCGCCAGCCAUGGUGGACCAGACCUCACAGAGGAUCUUAUCCACUCGAUGUUGAAUGGCCCAUAUACCGACACCAAGUUCGCCUCCUUCACCUUGCUAAUGUAUCCUCUUGGCGUGAUCCCCUUCCGACGUGAAACUCCCUUCUUCUACAACCAACUCCAGGUCCAUACCCCCAAGUGCGAGGUUUACAGAACGGACAACGUACAAAAACUUGAGCAGCAGCCGAUCAUUGGAUACUUUCAAUACGAUGAACUCAUCAAGGAGCGAGAACGAGCCCUCGUGCCUAGAAGCCAUCCCGUUCCUGGCGCCUCGAAUCUUCCCGUUGAGAGACUCUCCCAGCGCCGAUUGCACGACUUGACUCCCGCGCGGUGGUUUGAGGACCCGUACUUGGUCUGCGUUCUACUCUCCCUUGCUCAGCUACAACGGCAGAAGCGGAAGAGCAUGACAGAAGCCUUUUUUGUCCGAUUGUUCGUAACCAACGCCUCCGACACGACGCACGCGCACAUCUUCCAAGCCGACAUCCCCUUCCAAAUCCUCCAGGCGCUCGACAACCCAACCGAAGACAUGGACAACCUAGUCUGGCCGGCAAUACAACACAUCGAAGUCCUAUUCGAACCGCACGCAAGUUUCUCAGAGCGAGUCGCAGGACAACUGCUCGCUGGUCUCCAGACACGGGCGCCGGAGGAGACACCGCGCGGAGAGAAGCGCAAGCGCGAUGAGAUGGAUACCAAGGAGGAGACAAAGAGUGUCAAGGCCUGGCAGGAUGCUUAUGUCAAGGCGUGGAAUGAUGGCAUAUGCCGCUGGAUAAUGGCUGAUGGAGCGGAGACCCACGGUGAUUGA